GUGUGACAUUUAAAUCGUACCAAAUCUAUGGGUUGACUUUCUUAAGACUAUGGUCAAAAUAUUUAUAGACUACUUAACGACGUCGUUGAGAAAGUUUACAACUCUAGAUGAUCUCGUCUUUUCUUCCUAAUCCUACUCCUAUUGUUAAUUUGAUUAACACGGAGAAGCUCAAACACACAAUAACAGACUGCCCUAUAAAAAACCUUUGUUCCUGAUCAAAUCCCUUCUCAUACAUCAACGCGUUGUGAUUUGCAAUUUCGGUUGAAAAAAGAAGAAGGAAUGAGUUCGAUGAUAUUCUCCACAGUCCGUGGAAUAGGAUCGUUCUCCACAGUCCGUGGAAUAGGAUCGUUCUUAAAAUCUAAAACUUGCGAUACACCAAUAGAUGAAGCCGCCAAGGGUGACACAAAGGUAUUAUCAGUGUCCUGGAACCAGGACUGGAGCGGUUUCAUUGUCGGAACAGAACGUGGCUUCAAUGUAUACAGCUGCAACCCAAUCAAAGAAAGCAUCAGCCGCGAAACACACAAAUCCGGCUUUAAAAUCGUGGAGAUGCUCUUCCUCUCAAACCUCUUCGCUCUUGUCGGCAACGGUUACAGCAACUCGGAGUAUCCUCCCAAUAAAGUCUUCAUCUGGAAUGAUCACACAAACAGCUGUUUCUGCGAGCUCGGUUUUAAAUCACAAGUUGUGGCGGUGAAACUGAGGAGAAAACACAUUAUGGUUGUCCUUGAAAGAAGUGUCUAUGUCUACAAUUUCACCAACCUCAAGGUUCAGUCUAUUAUCGAAACUGCUGUGAAUCCAAGAGGGCUCUGUUGCGUCUCUCAAGCUGAGGCGAAAGCUGUCCUGGCUUGCCCCGGAUUACACCCGGGGCAAGUUCAGGUCCGUGACUUGAAAAGGAAUAUAGUUAAAGUCAUCAAAGCACAUGAUUCUGAUGUUGCUUGCAUGAGUUUGACUCUUGAUGGAAGUUUGCUAGCUACUGCUAGCACCAAAGGAACACUGAUCAGGAUCUUUAACUCCCUUGAUGGUACUCUCUUACAAGAGUUUCGGAGAGGGAUGGAGAGAACAGAGAUCUAUAGCGUUGCAAUCUCUUCUAAUAUGAAAUGGGUGGCUGCGUCAAGUGAGAAAGGGACUCUCCAUGUGUUUCAUCUGAGACCUGACAUUCUUAGUUCACCAAAAGACAUCGAUCACGCUUCAUCAUUGUCGUUAAUGAGAGGGAUAUUGCCAAUGUAUUCUUAUGGCAAUGAACGGUCGUUUGCUCAGUUCUCGUUGCCGGUUUCAACCAAGUUCAUUGUAGGUUUUGGACCAGAGAACACAGUUCUACUUGUAGGCAUCGAUGGAAGUUUCCGAAGAUGCAGGUUUGAUGGAGAAGGAGGGCAGAUGGUGGAGUUGGAACACAAACAUUUCUUCUCCUUAACACAAACAGAAGACGCAGUGGUUGUAAUGUGACCAACACAACGCAUUUUUGUUCUUCUCUUUUUUCUAGAUUUUGUGAUUUUGGUCUUACCAAUAAAUGUUGAUGUUGCUUAUAGAUUAUGACUUGCACCGUACGAAACCGAUGGGAACUAUCUUGUUUUACAUUAUAUCAAUUUUAUAGUUGAUAUCUUUAUAUUUUGUAACGAUAUUAUACUAUAUUUGUAAUGUAUCUGAUUUAUAUCAAAUAUUCUUACACAUUAUAUAGAAAAGGCUAUUGAUAAGAUGGAAGAAAAGAAAGAUAGAUGGUAUGAUUGAUGUGAUCCGAUCAAGUCACUUGGAACGCUUGGAGAUGUUCAUAGAGAUGCCAUUGGGGAAGAGAGCACCUGGUACCCGAAUCACCUCGCAGUCUUUGGAUAAGGAGAAAUCGUAAGUGGUGACAAGA